GGCUGCGAUUAUUGGCUUCUCGAUGGCGCCUGGAGGAGACGACUUUCUCUGGGUAAGAUGGAGGCUGAGACAUUAACUUUUGCUCUCCCUCUUUGUUUCUGUGCGCUUUGAUUAAGAGUUUACAUUACUUUACUCCGUACAUUACAUUGGAAUACAUAUCAACUUUCUUCACUGCUACCUACCUACCUUACCCAGUAUCUUAAAGUCUUCCUCCUCAAGCAACCCUUUUGGACAGUUUCAAGUCCCCCCCCCUCCUCCUCCUAACUGACUCGAAACGAACUCUAAACUCUGAAAUCUCUCUUCCUGGUUCAGAGACGCAAGCUAGCGAUUUAAGCAUAAAUUUCGACGCCCUCUCUCGGCUCUCCUGUGCCGUACUCAACGUUCAAACAGUCGAUCUCGUGCCGUUGCCCGUCCGCCUCUCGCCUACUGGUCAAUCUCAAGAUGUACACUUCCGUUUUGUCACUCGCCGGAUGGGGCCUUGCCUUCUCUGCGGCCUCUGCUGCUGCCAGCAAUGUCCAUAUCGCCCCUAGAGCUACCCAGGCUCCCUCGACCACUGCUGUCAGCCCCGAGGUAACUGCUAUCACAGGAUGCCACCUCCAUGCCUCUGAACUAUAUUGUUUCGCUGGUGAGACCGAGUACUUGGUAGAUGUCAAGGUCACUGGAACCACAGACGUACCUUCGCAGUACACCGACUGCCAUUCCCAUGACUCUAAUAUGUUUUGUGUAGACUCUGAUGGUGGAGAUGUUUCUGUUCAAGCUGAAGGUGCUGAGUCAGAAGAGGACCACGCAACAGAAGGUGAAGAUCAUGGCCACGACCACGAUCAUGCGGGAGCAAGUAGCACGGAAACUGCAGCCGCCGCUGGAAACACCAAAGAAGCUGAGAACGAGCACUGUCAUUUCCAUGCUGGUGUUGAACACUGCACAGGCCACAGCGAUUCUGAGUCCAGCGAGUCGGAGUCUGGUUCUUCCUCCUCUGCAUGCCAGCCCAGAAGGAGAGACUAUGAUGUCGGUCUCCGUGUUGGUCUGCUCUUCGUUAUCCUAGCCACAGGUGCUCUGGGUGUCUUUGGCCCCAUCCUGCUGCACAAGAUGAUGCCCAGCAAACUCAACAUUGUCCUCAUUGUAUUAAAGCAAUUUGGAACUGGUAUUAUAAUCUCUACCGCCUUUGUUCACCUGUACACCCACGCAUUCCUCAUGUUCGGCAACCAAUGUAUUGGAGAGCUGGGUUAUGAAGCUACGACGUCCGCUCUUGUUAUGGCUGGUAUAUUCCUUUCUUUCCUUGUCGAGUACAUCGGCAACCGCAUUGUUCUCGCAAAGACAAAAGCUUCAGCCAGUCUUUCUGAUGCUGAAAAGAAAAGCGCCUGGUUGUCCACUGAGGUUGUCAGUGUUCUUGUCAUGGAGAUGGGUAUCCUAUUCCACUCUCUUCUGAUCGGCUUAACGCUCGUUGUAGCGGGUGACGAAUACUUCCUAACCUUAUUCGUCGUCAUUCUUUUCCAUCAGAUGUUUGAAGGCAUCGCUCUUGGAAGCCGAAUCGCCACCAUCGGUACUUCUAACGAUAGUCACGCCUCUCCCGUGGCCCGCGUCUCCCAGGACACUUCCUCCGCUCAAGAUUCAGACAAGGCUCCCGCUUCCACUGAGACGAUCCCUAACGAGGAAUCGGCCCCUAUUGGUUUGAACAUGAAGAAGAAACUCGGCCUUGCCUCUCUUUUCGCCUUCAUUACCCCUAUCGGCAUGGCCAUUGGCAUCGGUGUCUUGCAACAAUUCAAUGGUAACGACAAGUCUACACUCAUCGCAAUCGGUACCCUCGACGCCGUCUCCGCAGGUAUCCUCAUGUGGGUUGGUCUUGUGGAGAUGUGGGCUGCAGACUGGAUGUCAGGGGGCCAUGGCCACAAGGCUGAACUCGCUGACGCCAACCUGCUCACUACCGUUCUGGCCGGCACUGGUCUGGUUGCUGGCCUGGUGGUGAUGAGUCUUUUGGGUAAGUGGGCAUAGAUUUGGGUUUGUCUGGAAUGCUUUACAAAUUUUGUUUUCAUGAUAAUGCGAUUGGCUAAGGAGUUUGGUACCUGUAUUUACGGAGUUCGUGUCAGGAGCAUAUGCAGUUGGGUUUGCCCUGUUAACAAAACGGGGGGGUCAUAACUGUUUGGGUCUAUACUACAAACGGCAUUGCUAGGAUAGAGCAAAUCGAAACGAGGUAAAUGAUGAUUGAUCACAUCACUGCGUGUGCCCGUGUUUGUGACCAAGGAACGAUUCAUAUCGACCCAAGCCAAGUGCCGAAUCCCCCCCAGGGCAGUACCCUUACGUUACCGAUUAACCUUUUAUGAGCCCCUUUCCAAGACUCGGCGUCUGGUACUUGGGUGCUCUGUACUUCAAUGUCGAGUUGCGUGUACCAUUGUACGGCAGCACCUGGAUGCUGCUGGCUGUAGGGCUGUUCAUGACAUCCCAAUGAUCGGAGAUGUUUGGAUUUCCGUAAGGCCGAAGAGCUGCGAAACGCAUUCUUCACAACUGUCAGAAUCUUCUACCGGUAGAAUUAGAAGGCACUCACGUGUAGUUCCCAGGAGCUAUUCUUGUGCCGUUGGCGAGCUUGCCAAACCACC